GGUCACGUGGUGGUCACUACGUCACACGUUGUCCGUCAAGUCGUUUUUCUCUCUCAUAAUUUUUGAGGUUAAGAAUUAUCAAAUAUUUAACAUUUUGGAUAAAUACGAUAUUAAAUUACAAUAGUUUCUGUUCAAUAUGGAAACGUGUAGCGAAUACAUAAAGAAUGCAUUUCCAACUAUUGAUGACGAUCUGAAACAGUACGUUGAAGGUGUCUUGCAAAAUGGGGCAGACGAUUUUGAAGACAGUGAAGAAGUGUAUGAAGCUGUAGGCGAAGUAUUACAAGAGGUUGCCAGUGAUAAGACUGAGGAAGAUAUUAGAAAUAUAUGCAAUGAUCUGCUGACAAUGCUGCAACCCAACAAGUCAAAAACAAGCAACAGAACAAUAAAAACCUUGAAUGCACCUGUUCAUUUAGCAAACAUGGUAGAUAACAAUGAUGGUGCAAUUGAUGAUGUGAAAAGUAUAUGGAUGAUGAAAAGGGAUGAAACUUUGGUAUGGUAAAAUUUGAGGCCCAAAUUAGAUUUGCUACUUUUGGAGUUUGUAAAAUGCACACACAUUCAGUACAUCAUUAUGUUCUUGCUUUGGCUGAAGGUCCAUGGAAUUUUGAUAAUAAGGAAGAAAGUGGACGCAAAGAAACUUGAAAAGGCAGAGGCAAAAUUGCAAGGAAAACAGGAUCGGCGAACGAAGGAAACAAAAACUGUAGCCGCGCCUAAACUUGAAACGGCGUCUGCAUCUCAGGUGACAAGUAAAAAAGAAAGCAAACUUGAGGCAAAGGGUAAUAAUAGGACACAAGAUAUUAGGAUAGAAAAUUUCGAUGUUGCUUAUGGAGAUAGGGUGUUGCUGUUGGGUGCAGACCUAACACUUGCUUAUGGCCGUCGUUACGGAUUAGUAGGCAGGAACGGCCUUGGUAAAAGUACAUUAUUGAGGAUGAUCUCUGGUGGACAGUUGAGGAUACCAUCCCAUAUUUCUAUUCUCCAUGUUGAACAAGAAGUAGUUGGAGAUGAUACCUUGGCUAUAGAUAGUGUUUUGCAGUGCGAUACUGUUAGAGAAGAAUUACUUAAAAAGGAAAGGGAUAUUAGUGCAGCUAUCAAUGCAGGAUCACAAGAUCACGCGUUAAAUUCAGAGCUAUCGGAAGUAUACGCGCAACUGCAAAAUAUAGAAGCUGAUAAAGCACCAGCCAAGGCAUCCAUCAUACUGAAUGGCUUAGGAUUCACACCUGAAAUGCAACAGAACCCCACUAAGACAUUCUCUGGUGGCUGGAGAAUGAGAUUAGCUCUGGCAAGAGCUCUAUUUUCGAGGCCUGACUUGCUGUUACUUGACGAACCGACAAAUAUGUUGGACAUAAAAGCUAUCAUCUGGUUGGAGAACUAUCUUCAAAAUUGGCCAACCACGUUACUAGUAGUGUCUCACGAUCGGAAUUUCCUGGAUACUGUUCCUACGGAUAUACUUCAUCUGCACUCACAAAGAAUAGAGCCAUAUAGGGGAAAUUACGAACAAUUCGAAAAAACUAAAACAGAAAAGCUGAAAAACCAACAACGAGAAUAUGAUGCUCAAAUGCAGCAAAGGCAACAUGUUCAAGAGUUCAUUGAUAGGUUCAGAUAUAAUGCGAAUAGAGCUGCUUUGGUACAGUCGAAGAUUAAAAUGCUAGAAAAGCUGCCCGAAUUAAAGCCAAUCGUGAAAGAAACAGAAGUAUUAUUAAAACUGCCAGAUACGGAGCCCCUCUCUCCUCCUAUCCUUCAAUUAAAUGAGGUUUCAUUUCGAUAUUCUUCUUCAGAUAGAUAUAUAUUCACAGAUGUGAACUUAGGUGCUACGAUGGAUUCUAGGAUAUGUAUUGUUGGUGACAAUGGUGCAGGUAAAACAACUAUUUUAAAAAUCAUCAUGGGCAUUCUGUCGCCUACUUCAGGUAUGCGACAUGUUCAUAGAAACCUAAAGUUUGGCUACUUCAGUCAACACCACGUAGAUCAGUUGAAUAUGAACCUGAACUCUGUUGAACUUCUCCAGCAAGCACAUCCUGGUAUCCCUAUUGCCCUGUGGCAACCAAAGAGCGAGGGUGGCUUUCAUUUCACAAAAGGCAUUAUAUAAAGAAAAUCGGCCAUAGGGUUCUGGGGGGGAACUCUGACCCCCUGAAUACGCCAGUAAACCUAUCGAAGAGUACCGGCGGCAACUUGGUAGUUUUGGAGUAUCUGGUGACCUAGCGUUGCAAGGAAUUGCGAGUUUGUCUGGUGGUCAAAAAUCUCGAGUUGCUUUUGCACAGAUGUGCAUGGGAAGGCCAAAUUUCCUUGUUCUUGAUGAACCUACUAACCACUUAGAUAUUGAGACAAUUGAGGCCCUGGGAAAGGCAAUAAAAAAGUAUACUGGUGGAGUAAUUUUGGUGUCCCACGACGAAAGGUUAAUCAGGAUGGUUUGUAAUGAACUUUGGAUCUGCGGGAGCGGAUCAGUAAAGAGUAUAGAAGGCGGUUUUGACGAGUAUAGGAAAAUUGUGGAGCAAGAGCUAGAAGCUGCUGCAAACGGCAAAUAACAUCGAAUUUAACGGAUUGGACAGUAUCUAAAGCAUUGUGAUGGUGUAUGCUAUUUUUACAAGAAGUUAUGUUUAUACACCAGUGUGGCUGUUUUAGAGAAGCUUUCACCAGUUGAACAUGUUUUGUUACAUUUGUAAUAUAUCGAUAUUUAUAAUUUGUAAUUCAUAAAAAUGUUUAUUUAAUAAUAUAUUGCUU